AUGAAAGAGAAUGGAAGCCUUGGCUGUGCUUAUUACAUCGCAGCCGAUGAGACCCUGUUCCUUCUCGAAGACGUAGCUAUGUCGGGAAUGGAUCUAGUCGAGACGCUUCUUCUCCACGUAAACCCUACUACUAUACUCAUAUCCGCCAGAGCUCCAGAGAAACUAGCAGACUAUCUCGCCAGGGGAGCGCAAGGAGUAGACGGAAACCGAGACGGCCAAAAUAGCGCCUAUAUUUUGAGAAAUUUGAACUCUGCUGACUUUCGAUAUGAGGCUGGAAAGGGGAAGUUGCUGGCACUAAGUCUUGAGACUCCUGGGCGUCAGAGCGUCCUUUUCACUUCCGUUGUCGACGAUGUUGCAGAUGAAGCCGAUAACAAUGCUAGGCACGAAAGCUCGAGGCAAGGUCGUCUAAUGCGCCUUGGAACUUCGAUCAAUCUUGACAGCCGACUAACGAUUGGCUGUGCCGGCGCUGUGCUAGGCGAUCUACAGAGAAGGAGAACCGCAAAUUACUUACCAAACGACCCCGAUGCCCUGAUAGCCUUCAAGAUCAGAUCAGUCGAAAUGUUCGCUCUAUUCGACUCCAUGUUCAUAAAUGCUGACACGUUAGUAUCUCUUCAGAUCAUACAGUCUGAAUAUCACCCAAAUAGCCACCUGCGAGGACCUAGUAACUCUGGGGCCAAAGAAAGUUUAUCUAUCUACGGGCUUUUUCAGCAUCUAGCCCGUACACCUCAAGGAAAGCUGAAGCUGCGCCAAAUCUUCCUACGACCAAGUAUUAAUAUUGAAUUGAUACAUGCUCGCCAGAAGACUAUAGCCUUCCUGUUGCGACCAGGAAAUUCCGAGACGCUUAUGCAACUAAGCAACGAACUCAAGAAAGUCAAGAAUAUGAAAUCAGUAGUGGCACUUUUAGAAAAGGGGGUCGAUAUUCCGGGACGUAAAAUUUCUAUAGCAAACAAUGUCUGGGCUUCGCUGCAACGAUUUGCAGCCUACAGCAUACGAAUUGGGGAAUCGCUUCGAACCCUUCCGGGCUCAGAGAACAUUGAGAUUAUUAGAAAGGUAAUUGAUAUAAUUCAACCGGCUGCUCUUCGUCAAAUCGGCGAGCUUAUUAGUCAGACCAUUGAUUUUGAUCAGUCAAUGGAACGCGGCAGAACAGCUGUCAAACAAGGUGUAGAUGCCACCCUCGACGAAUUGAAGCGCAGUUAUGAUGGCAUGGAGCAUUUCUUGACCAACGUCAUCGCAAAGCUACGAAGCGAAUUGCCGGAAUGGGCGAGGAAGUAUAUCCAAAACUGCAUUUUCUUUCCGCAGCUGGGUUUCUUGACAGUGGUUUCACUCAACCCCGAAACAGGAAAGGGAGACUAUAACGGUGAAGGCGUAGGCGAUGUAUGGGAGCGCAUGUUCGUAGCCGAGGGUAGCGUAUAUUAUAAGAACCGGCAGAUGAAAGAGAUGGAUGAGCAUUUUGGAGAUGCGUACUAUCGGGAGAUUGAGAUCAUUCACGAGCUUGCCGUGAAGGUUUUGGCGCAAAGGGAAGCUAUCAUUGUAGCGUCUGAUGUUCUUGGCGAGCUUGAUAGCUUGUUUGCGCUGGCGAUUGGUUGCGGGCAGUACAACUGGGUUGUGCCGAAAAUGACAACUCAAAACAUCAUAAAUAUUGAAGGGGGUCGCCAUCCUCUCCAAGAGCUCGUGGUGCCCUCUUUCAUUGCAAACGACUGCUUCCUCGUUGGCGGACCAGGAAAUCAGAAUGAUGAGGGAGAGGAUGAGAGUGCUGGGGAACUCGAGCGAAACUCGAUUGAACAUCCCAGUACUUUAGUUCUAACAGGACCUAAUCACUCUGGGAAAAGCAUUUAUCUUAAACAGACUGCUCUUAUUGUAUACCUGGCACAUAUCGGGUGUUUCGUACCUGCUGAGCGGGCUCGUAUCGGAAUUACAGAUCGUAUCCUCACACGUAUCGCCACACGUGAAAGCGUAGCAAAGAACGAAAGCGCAUUCUCUAUCGACCUACGCCAAGUGGCUUUUGCGAUGAAUUUCGCAACACGCAGGAGCCUAGUCCUAAUAGACGAGUUCGGCAAAGGCACGAAUAGUUUAGACGGCGCCGGCCUGGUCACAGCAGUAUUGGACCACUUUACUUCUCUUGGUCCCGAGCGGCCCAAGGUUUUAGCCGCCACACAUUUCCACGAGAUAUUUGAGGGCCAGUAUCUGGUAGAGAUCCCAGAGUUGGCUUUCGGGCACAUGGAAAUACGAGUGGAUUUUGACGCACCGACUACGGAAGACCAAGUCACUCAUCUCUUCCAGCUAGCCCCCGGCCGGAGCAUCUCGAGCUUUGGCAGUCGAUGCGCAGCGAUGAAUGGGAUUGACGAGGCGGUGGUCCAGCGGGCCGAAUCGAUCAUGCUGAUGAUUGUUAAUAAUGAAGACCUCGAGGUCGUGUGCACUAGGUUGUCGGAUGCGGAGACGCAGAAGCUCGAGGAGGCGGAAGCCGUUGCGCGAGCUUUCCUUGGUCAGGAUGUUAAGAAGCCGCCUAGUGGUGGGGAAAGGGGCAAGGAUGUCAAUGGGUGGUAUAGGGGAAUUCUCGAGCGGGUGCUACUGGGGGACGAGUCGAAUUCGGGUUCUAACCUGGGUAUUAAGUGA